UAGCCAACACUUGCUUCAACCAGCAGAGGAGGCGCUGCUUCAACGAUUGUAACUUGGCUUACGUUUUGAGCGCCUGCUGUGCCUGCUCGUACAUUUUUUCGCUUUUGUAGCGAUGGGUCUCCUGUACAAGAUUUUCUGAGAAGUUCGUGCUCCGCUGUGCGUGGCGCCUUGGGCGUUCACUAGGCCGCCAAGAUGGGUGUCCGUAGCUACAAUGAGGAGCUCGGCUUCCUCGAAAAAAUGACAUCAGUGUCGUGGCGUAUCAAGAAAGGGUUCGUGCCAAAUAUGAAGGUUGAAGGAAUUUUCUACGUGAACAACCUCUUAGAGAAGCUGAUGUUCGAAGAGCUGCGGAAUUCGUGCCGCCCAGGAAACGUUGGCGGAUUCCUGCCAGGUGUUAAACAAAUUGGAAAUGUGGCCGCCUUGCCUGGAAUCGUUGGACACUCAAUAGGGCUUCCCGACAUCCAUUCUGGUUAUGGCUUUGCGAUUGGCAACAUGGCAGCAUUUGACAUGGAUGAUCCCAAGGCCAUUGUAUCACCUGGCGGUGUGGGCUUCGACAUCAACUGUGGUGUGCGUCUGUUGCGAACCAACUUGAUGGAGAAAGACGUUCUGCCCAUCAAGGAGCAACUGGCACAGAGCAUGUUCGACCACAUCCCCGUUGGCGUCGGCUCCAAGGGAAUCAUUCCCAUGAACGCCAGAGACCUCGAAGAGGCCUUGGAGAUGGGCAUGGAUUGGUCCUUGAGAGAAGGCUAUGCCUGGGCCGAGGAUAAAGAACACUGUGAGGAGUAUGGACGGAUGCUGAAUGCUGACCCUGCCAAGGUUUCCAUGAAGGCAAAGAAACGGGGCCUACCUCAGCUGGGAACCCUGGGUGCCGGCAAUCACUAUGCUGAGAUCCAAGUAGUAGAGGAGAUUUACGACAAGAACAAUGCAGCCAAGAUGGGAAUUGAGCGUUGCGGUCAAGUGUGCGUCAUGAUCCACAGUGGCAGCCGAGGCUUUGGACACCAAGUGGCUACUGAUGCAUUGGUAGCCAUGGAGAAAGCCAUGAAGCGGGACAAGAUCGAGGUCAAUGACCGGCAGCUGGCCUGCGCCCUUAUUCGCUCUGCCGAGGGACAGGACUAUCUGAAGUCGAUGGCAGCCGCGGCAAACUUUGCCUGGGUCAACCGCAGCAGCAUGACUUUUCUGAGCCGUCAGGCAUUUGCCAAAGCAUACAACACGACCCCAGACGACCUGGACAUGCAUGUGAUCUACGACGUGUCACACAACAUUGCCAAGGUGGAGCAGCACGUGGUGGAUGGCAAGAUGCGUACCUUGCUCGUGCACCGCAAGGGCUCGACACGAGCCUUUCCUCCUCACCACCCUCUCAUUCCCGUAGACUACCAGCUGAGUGGCCAACCGGUGCUGAUUGGCGGAACGAUGGGGACCUGCAGCUACGUCUUGACGGGCACUGAGCAGGGCAUGGGAGAGACAUUUGGCACGACUUGUCACGGCGCCGGACGUGCGCUUUCUCGGGCCAAGUCGCGGCGAAACCUCGACUACCAGGAUGUACUGGACAAGCUGAGUGAGAUGGGCAUCUCAAUUCGCGUGGCCUCACCGAAGCUGGUCAUGGAGGAGGCUCCAGAGUCGUACAAGAAUGUGACAGAUGUUGUAAACACGUGCCACGAAGCUGGCAUCAGCCGCAAAUGCAUCAAGCUCAGGCCCAUCGCCGUCAUCAAGGGCUGAUUGAGAUUGUUUGUCUUCGGUGAUUGGAAGGUGUCAAUGAGGCCACAUUUCCAAACUUUGGUGUUCAGGACUGAUGUGGGACAAACCCCUUGUUUCCACUAAGGGGUUUGUUACAAGAACAAGUACGUGUGUGUUUGUGCGCGUGUGUGUGUUAUACUUUGCGUUUUUGUUAUCUUAUUAGAGGCUGAAUCUAUGUGCCCUGGUGAUGUGUGAUUCAGUGAGUGCCUUUGGACCAGCCUAGCUGGUGGCAUUGCAAGGAUGAAACCUGGUGUUUUCUCAAGGAGGUUAAAAAAAAUUUUAUGGAGUGGAGAUGUCCUCAAGGUGAAGCAGGCCGCCGCCAUCUUACCAGGGGAAUCGAUUAACGUUGUCAUUCGGCGGAGAACAGGAAGCAUUUUCUUCUCACUUCUAUAGUCGGGUACAACUUUAGAAGCCAGCGGCAUUUGCCUCCUCAAAGGCGGAUGCAUACGAGCCUCCACCAAUGGGCGCGCACUAAAGACUUGUGUCAUGUGCCAGACGGCCGGUGUCCCCGCCGACGGAGAGCAUGCCAGCCCACGCUUCAAGCCGGGGCGAGUCGCGUCAGCGGGACUAUUUCUUUUGUCGCAGAGGAAAUCGGCUGCUGCGCUUCGGUCAUCUGGGUGGAGCCUCUCCUGUCUUCUUAAGUUGUACCCGACUAUAAUCACUUUGACUAGGCCAAUGUUGCUGUACAGGUGCUUCUCGAUGUGCCUGUCUGUGUCGCUGGUUUUAGGUUGAAGGUUUUGGCAACAUUAUGGGAGAUCAGAGUGUCACUACUCAGCCUAUGGCAAUAUUUUAGCCCGAAGCAACGUUCUAUUAUUUACUGAUUAGUCUAAAAUUUAUAUUAACAGACCAAAAGCAGUCAAACUGCGACAAUUCUCCAUGUAGUUCAGCACGCUUUCAGUGGUGAAUUAGGGGCAAGCGCUGGCUUCACCUCUGCUGGUAAGAAUCUGCGAGGGCUGCCACUCCAGAAUUUCUUUUUAUAACCUCCUUGUGCUUUCCUUAUCUUUCUGUCUUUUUAUUCUUAGUAUUAUGUGUCCUCAAUUCAUGUUCAAGCUACUGUGGACAGCAAUUUGACUGGUACCAAGUUUAAUUUCGAAUACAGCUCAUAUAAUAAGCACUUAUCUUCAAGCUGUCAUAACUUCUAAUCGAAGAAAAGAGGCGUUCCCCCAAACCACAGAAAUCCUACGAGCACAAAAUCUGAGAAAAAUUAAUUCAGUGCAAUGUGUACUUCGACAUGCAGUCAUCACACUGCUCUUCUAAAUUCUUGGCUUUGAGGUGAGAGCAUGAGCAAAUUUUAAAUCUUUUGCAAUUUCCAUGCUCCAAGAACUAUUGCGGUCAGCUGGACAUGUGUAACAGUGCGGUGUUGGUAGCUGAAGUGCUGCAGCUAUGGUGAGUGAGAACCCAGGAAUCCAUUAUAAGCUCCACCCACAAAAACGCAGUGCAUCUGCCCUUUACGUCUGAGAGAGAGCCAAAUCAGCUGGAGUCCGCUCACAGCAUGAUGACUUUAGUAUGCUAAUGUAAUUGCUAGACUAAUCAGAGAAUAAAAGCUUGUUGUUUCGGGGCAAAAUAAAACUGGCUGACCCCUAGUAACAGGAUCACCAUAAAAUUGGCCAAGAUGUUCAGGUUCUAUCCUAAAUCAUUGACAGAUCUGUAUGGAGAAAAACAGCCUUUUUAAACUCUAAAAACCACUUGAACUCAUAGAAAUAAACAAACCUAAUUGGCUGGCGCAUAUAUGCAAAUUGUGUUUUUGUUGGACAGCAUCAAUAUAACUUUUCAUUCUUAGCUUGUCGCCUGCUAUACCAUCAAUAUCUUUUGUUGACCCUCAACUUCAAGUACCCUAUGCUCAUGUUUCUUUUAUUGAUGGAAUUUAAAAGUAAUAUACAGCAAUUGCCUCGGCCUACUCAUGGAAUAUAUAUAUAUAUAUAAUUGCAACUGCAUGACUAGCGUUGCACACAAAAACAAAAAAGAUUAACUUUUGCAGAGUUUUCUUAUGGCAGCAAUGUCUGCAUGCUUUUUGGAAGACAUUUCUGUUAAUCUGCAUGUUGGCUACAGUGUGUGUUCUUGUCUUUCCUUCCUGGAGAAGUGAGUUGGUACAACCCAAGUCACUUUGACAUGUAUUUAUUUGACAUAUUGUGUACUUGUCACUAAGCAAGUACAUGAAAGACACCCCAGCAGCUGGCUGCUGUUUGCAACUGCUGUGAGCAAGUAAAGUGAUUUACAAGCAUGGCA